AGGUUACGCUUCAAAUCUUUCCAUUUUCGAGAAUAAAGAUAUCAAUGUCAUAUUAUGCAGUGUCUAAGGCUUAAACACAUUCUUCAGGCAUGCAAGUCAUCAGCAAGGAUACAUAAACAACGUGCUAAAAGUGGUCAAGCAAGCGACAUGGGGAUGAAGUCUUAUUGGGAUGCAUUCUACCGUUCACGAAGGCCAAGAGACCUUGGAGAUUCCAACUGUUUCGAAUGGUUCUUUCCUUACUCCGAAACAAAGGAUGUCUUUCAAUCUGCAUUUGCAAAUGUUGCUGAAAAUUUACCAGGCAAUGACUUCAACUUGAUACGUAUAGCUGAGCUUGGUUGUGGUACAUCAGAGCUUUCCAUGGAACUGAUACAGGAUCAUCAAAGCUCAUGCUGCAUUACUUGUGUGGAUUUUUCUACAGCUGCCCUAGAACACAACCAAAAGAAUGUGAAAAGUAAUGCCAGGUUUCACGGAUCAGUAGCUGGCCAUCUUGCGUAUGUUGCAGCCGAUGUAUGUCAUCUUCCAUUUUCAGAGAAUUCCUUUGAUUUAGUGUUUGAGAAAGGAACUAUGGAUGCUCUGCUGAAGAGUGAGAACACGAGACCAAAAUCAGACCAAUUCUUAUUAGAAGCUAUCAGAGUGCUGAGACCUGGUGGUAUGUUUCUACAAUUCUCUGAUGAAGCACCUGAAUUGAGACUAGAUCUCCUUGAACGAAUGAAAAGUCAUGUAUGGCAAAGAGAACCCAAACAUAUAUCAGUUUCUUUUAAAAAUAUAUCUCACAAUGAUGCCCUAGAAUAUUUUGUGUAUACAGUUCAGUACGGUAAGAUGUGACAAUCUGGCACAAAGAUUUAAUGGUAGGUUGACUUAUUGAUCUUAAAAUCUGAACCAAAAUACUUUUCUUGAUGUUUGUUUCCAGCCAUCCUACCAUAUCCUUUUUUAUCAGGGAAGCUAACUUGACAAAUACUUAUUGCUGUUUUUUUUCCAACCAAUUUAGUUCUGUCAUCAUUUUUAUAUGUUGAUGUCAUCUUUAAACAUUUAUUUAAAUGUAAUUGCUUGUUUUUUAUUCAAUGUAUUUUACAGAAUUAUACAAAGAAGGAAUUGAAUUGAAUGAAGUGAAUUGAAUAGAACUCUCAACAAUGACUCGGAUAUACGUGCCCCCCCCCCCCCAGGAAACAAAUGGUCCCCUCAAACAACUACCUUAUGGGUAAUUAAAUUAGUGGGCUAGGUAGUUGUGAUUAGUAGUCCAAGGGAUGGUUCUUUGUGUAAGUGGCAGAAAGAUGUAGCAUGCAUGCAUGCAUGCCAUGCCAUGCCAUCAACUUUCUGGUUAUUGCUUUUAAGGUUUUGAUACCAGUUGUACCAUUUUAAAACAGGACACAGUUUUUUUUUUUACUUGGAUGACUAAUAAAGUGAAAAUGGAAGGUACCUACCUAA